AUGGCGAAACAUCUAAUAUUAAUAAUAAUUUUGUUCAUUAAUUUUGUUUUGGUUAGUUCUGAAGAAGCAAAUACUACAAUUUAUAAAUCCAAUGAUCCAGAAAUUUUAAAUCCAAGCAAAGAAGGAGUUGAACAUAUUUUUGAUUUAAUGAUUGUUAUCCUUCUUUAUUUGGUAGCCGAAAAAAUUCCUUUAGGAAUUGCAGCUGCAAUUUUAAAUCUUAUAUUUCAAGUUUUUGUGUGUGAAAUAACGGAACUAAGUGGUUUAAAAAAACGGGUCGAAGUACUAGAAUCUAAAGAAUUUAGCUCUUCACAAGAACGUGUCAAAGCAUCAGAACCCAAUGAAUCUAAAGAAUCUAAUUCUUCACAAAAUAAAAAGCCUGGACAAAGAAACUGCAAGGAAUUUUUUGUAGAUUUACAUGAUAAGAUGACAAAUAGAAGGAUGAUGAUAAAAGUAGUUGGAAUAUGCUCACAUUUCUUAUUUUGUACAAUCGCUGCUCCUGAUUCAUUAUGGAUAAAAGUUUAUCUUUCAUGUGUAGCUAUUUAUGUCACAAUAACUGAAAAAUUAGAUGAAAAACUUAUUCUUUUACUGGGAGAAGAUUAA